AUGUUGCUACAGGGGAACGACUCCUCCCGCUGGGCGGACCCGCUGCGGUCCAACCGGUCAGCGCCCGGAGGUCCCGGGCCGGAGGCGGUGGGGGGCCCCGGGCCGGAGGCGGUGGUGGUGCCGGCGGUGUUCGGGCUGAUCUUCGUGGUGGGGGUGGUGGGGAACUGCCUGGUGAUGGUGGUGAUCGGGAAGGUGAGACACCUGGGCGCGCGGGGAGGCGGCGGCAGGCGCGCGCUCAGCCCCACCAACGUGUUCGUGCUGAACCUGAGCGUGGCCGACCUGUCCUUCCUGCUGUGCUGCGUCCCGCUGCACGCCACCGUGUACUCGCUGCCGGAGUGGCUGUUCGGAGGCUUCCUCUGCUGGUUCGGACACUUCUUCUCCUCCGUCAGCAUGCUGGUCAGCAUCUUCACGCUCGUCGCCAUGUCCGUGGACCGGUACGUGGCCGUAGUGCGCUCCAACAAGUCCGCGUGCGUCCGCAGCCGCAGGAACGCGCUGGCCGGGCUGUGCGUCAUCUGGACUCUGUCCCUGCUGUGUUCGGUACCGGUGGCCCAGCACCACGUCCUCACCAACCACCCCACCGCCCCCAACAGCACGUUCUGCUGGGAGAACUGGGCCGGAGCGUCCCGACGCGCCUACCGGGUGACGGUGCUGCUGCUGGGCUUCCUGCUGCCGCUGCUGCUCAUCAGCUGCUGCUACGCCAGGGUUUUGUUUCAUCUCCAUAAAAAGAUCAAGAACAUGUCCAAGAAGUCUGAGCGCUCCAAAGCAAAGACGGCGCAGACGGUUCUCCUGGUGGUCGCCGCCUUCACCGUCUGCUGGAUGCCGCAUCACAUCAUCGUCAUGUGGGUGGAGUUCGGUUCCUUCCCGCUGACCGACGCCUCCUUCGCCUUCCGCAUCGUGUCUCACUGUCUGUCCUACGGAAACUCCUGCGUCAACCCCGUCCUUUACGCCUUCCUGUCCGAGAACUUCCGGAAGGCCUGCCGCCAGGUGUUCACCUGCUACCUGCGUUCGCAGCCGCCACCGCCGCCUAGCGGGAAGGUGGUUCGAUUCCGCCUGGACACCUUCUCCACCACACACUCCACCAGCAACAUAUGA